UUCAACCAUACACGCUAAUAUUAAAAUUCCCCCACUUGUUCCGUCAAUAUAAUCCCUCCCAAUCAACACAAAUCCAAUCAACACAAAUUUCUCCCAAAAUCAAAUACAAAUAUUUUCAUUAAUAACUACAAAUAUGUUUCUGUUUACCAAUUGUUUCGGAAAGGAAAAAAUUAGUAACACCAAAGAAAAGGUGGCAAAGCUCCAUUUCUACGUGCAAGACCUCCGCAUCGGCCACGUCAAUGCCACCGUGUCGGAGGUGGCCACCGCCUCCGUCACAAAGGAUUCCCCCUACGACUUCGGCAGUGUCCACGUCCUGGACGACCUGGUCACCGCGGGGCCGGAGAUGGACUCCCGCCCCGUGGGCCGCGUGCAGGGCCUCACCACCAACGCCGACCUCUCCACCUACGGCAUCGCCAUGAACCUCAACUUCUACUUCACGGCCGGGAAGUUCGCCGGCAGCCAGCUCAGCCUCCUCGGCCGGAAUCAGGUCAUGGACGACAGACGGGAGCUGCCGGUGGUCGGUGGGACGGGCGCGUUCCGGUUCACGCGAGGCUACGCCAUCCAAACCACCCACUCCAUCGAUUUUCCGGCCCACUACGCGGUGUUGGAGUACACCGUGUACGCCACCUAUGAUUCGGAGAUCGGAAGAAGCGAUGAAGAUGUUGAGGUUUUUGAAUUUUGAGUUCAUUUAUUUUAUUAAUUUGCCUUUUAAUUUAUAUUUUACUUGUACAAGUUGUGAUUAUAGUGGUGUGGUUGCUUUUCACUUUCUUUGUAAGGAGUACAUCAUUAUUGUCUUUAGCUGUGUGGAUAUAAUAGGAUUUGGGCCCAUUGUGAUAUCA